CGUAUAUAACUGUAACCAAGUUUUAAAAAAAUCCAAACCAACAGACAGUUGUUUUCAGUUAUACGCACAUAUAAGAUUAAUUUUGUCAUCUUUUUUUGUUAAAAUUGCAUACAUCAUUCAAUUCAGAGAGGAAUAGAAUAAUAGAUAGCAUUUGCAAUUGAAACAGAAAAUGGAUCAAAACGGACAAGAUAUAUCAAAAUCAAAAGAUGUGAAAAUAAAUUUUGACUGGGAAUUAAAUUCUUACAAUAAAAAUUCUAAUUAUACAUCAACACCAUUUGAAAUAGAGGGCAUUUCCAAUGUAAAAUGGUUUCUGGAAAUGCAACAAAGCAAAGUUUACGUCAAUGCAUUAUAUGCUAAAAACGAAGAAUAUAUUCGAUUUCGACUACUCAAUGAGACUAACAUUGAAUAUUAUUGUGAGAAUCCCGUAGAAAUUGAUAUAAAGUUUGGAUAUUCUUAUCCCAAAGUAUUUACUAUGACAAGAAACAUUAUAAAUUUCACAAUGUUAAUUCCUGAAACAAAAUUAAUGUCAUCACUUGGCAAUAACUCUUAUGUAAACGUUAAUCUUGCAAUUAAACAACCGAAAAAUGAACAGAAGUCCAUCGACAUCGUUUCUCCUUCAACCACUCUAAAUGACUUUCAGCCAUUUUUAAUGAGCGAUGUUUUAAGUGAUGUUGUAUUUAAAAUUAAUGAGAAGCAAUUUCCUGCUCAUAAAGUAAUAUUGGCUUCUACGAGUCCAGUUUUUGAAAAAAUGUUUACUCAUCAGAUGAAAGAGAAUAUUACGAACAAUGUUCUAAUAGAAGAAACUGAUCCUGAAGUUUUCGAAGAAAUGUUAAAUUAUAUUUAUACUGGAAAAAUUAAUAAUUUAAAUACCAUGGCCUUUGGUCUUUAUGAGUUGGCUAAUAAAUAUCACAUAACUAAAUUGAAAAAAGUUUGUGAACAAUGCCUAGGAGAAUGUUUAGCUAUAGACAACGUUAUUUCCAUUUUAACAAUUGCUGACCGCUGUAAUUCGACACUUUUGAAAAAUAAAUGCAUUGAAUAUGUCGACAUGAAUUUGGAAGAAGUGAAGAAAACUGAAUCUUUUAAAGAUCUUGGCAAAGACUUAUUAAUUGAUUUACUCUUAGCUAUAAAAAUUAAGACAUUAACUGUAUAAUUCUAUUCACUCGUUAUUCAGAUCUUUCAUAAAUAAGUCGUUUUUUUAUUAUUGAACGAAUAUUUGCAUUAAAUUAUAAGUAAAAUUUUUGCAAACUGAUGCUUUUAAAAAAAAGGAAAAUUGAAAUUUUUUAUUUCAAAAUAUUACUAUAAGCUUAUUAAAAAGUGAACAAUUUAAUUUAAACUAAAUUUAUGUACGUUUGUUAAAAAAAAAGUUUUUUUUCUGAAAUUAUAUAUGUUUUGAAAUAUUUAAACAUAUUACGUUGUAAACGUGAAAAGCACAAAGAAUUUAAAACUUUAUUUUGUGUUUCAAGUGUUAAAGAUUUAAAAAGAGAUUGAAUGUUUAUUUUUAUAAGAUAUUAAGAAGAAAAUAAGGUAGUUGUAAUCUUUCUCUUUUUCA